UUGACCGCGUCGCAACAAAUCAGGCUCAGCUGUUUUUGUUUUUCCUCCCUCUUUAAACUCAGUUAGUCCCAAAGUUUAUUCUGUUGUCGGUAGAAAUCCGGGAGCGCAGAGUAUACAGUGAAGAAGCCACUGAGUGAACACAGUGUAUUGGCGCCACUACCACUGGCAAGGUCAUAUCGAUCGAUUAUGACAAUAACUCCGUGAGUUGAAAGACGAAACUGCGAAUCAAAGAGGGUCCAACGAGAAUUGAGGGACUAAAAAAUGGUCAUGGAGGCAGCAGCAAUGGUGGUGGAUUACCUCGUAUUCAUCGCUGUAAUAAUAGCAUCGUUUAUCAUACCGCUGUGGGGUAAAUUUCGCACGAAGAAAAAGGAGACUAAGGCGAGCUAUGUAUUUGCAACGGGAAGCGUGUCAAUGGGUGCAAUGAUGCUGUCCAUUGCACGUGGUACACUGGGUGUUAGAUCAUUUCUUGGAUAUCCAUCAGAACUUUAUUACCGUGGCAGCGCAAUGUGGGAGACGAUAUAUGGUAUGCUUCUGGCGUAUCCCAUUGUGUGCUACAUCUUCGUACCUGUUUACUACAGUCUGGGCAUAACAUCCGUCUACCAGUACUUGGACAUGAGGUUUCACUCGAAGCUUGUCAGGUGUCUGGCGAGUUUUUCGUAUGUGCUGAGGAGUCUUCUUAAUCUUGCUGUAAUUGUCUUCACACCGUGCGUUGCUCUCAACACGGUCAUUGGACUGCCUUAUUGGGCUAGCAUCGUGGGAAUUACGACAAUAUCGGUUGUCUUCUCGUCAAUGGGAGGUUUGAAGGCAGCCAUACUAUCAGAUGUGAUACAAGGCCUCACAAUGAUUGGUGUAUCUCUGGUGAUUAUUCUCCAAGGCGUCAUUGACGUAGGAGGUCCUGGCACCGUUUUGAAUGUGACUCACUCCCACGGACGACUGGAUUUUUUCGAUUUCACCAUGGAUCCAACAAUUCGCGUUACAACGGUCUCAGCUACACUGGGGCAAUUGUUCAUGUCCCUCUCCAUAUUUGGAUGCCAACAAAACUUUGUACAACGAUAUUGCAGUAUGAGCAGUAAAAGUAAAGUCGUAAAAACAAUGAUGGCAAAUAUGCCUGUCAUUUCAGUACUGUUUUCCCUAUCCUGGGUAGUUGGAAUGGUAAUAUACGCUAGUUACGUGGACUGUGAUCCGCUGAAAGCCGGCUACAUAUCAAAAUUCGACGAAAUAGUGCCGUUCUACGUUGAAGAUAAACUAUCAUAUCUUCCCGGUCUACUUGGACUUGUAAUGGCAACCCUCUUCAAUAGUGCCCUCACUCUCGCUGUCUCUAAUCUCAAUUCCUUAGCAACAGUUACGUUCGAGGACUUUCUCAGUCAGAUACCAGCGCUGAGUAAUCUCAAGGACCGUCAACAGCUGCAGCUGAUCAAACUACUCGGUGUUAUAUACGGUAUACUGAUAAUAGGAGCUAGUUUCCUCGUUGGUAUGUUGCCUGGUGUUAUCGAGUCGUCGAUGCUCAUGACAUCAGCUACCUCGGGGCCCCUACUUGGGGUUUUUCUCUUGGCAAUCUUGGUGCCGUGUGCUAAUUGGAAGGGCGCUGCUAUAGGAAUGGUAGUCAGUCAUCUUACGUCAAUGUGGCUGACAUUUGGACAUUUGACUGUAACUGAUGGUGCUGAGGCAUUACCACUGUCAAUCGAGGGAUGCAUGAAUGAUACAUUCUCUUCUCAUCUCAAGCCACCAACACCUGCGAUCCUGAAUACUACACCAGCUGCAACUCCACUUCUAGCAUCGGCACCAAAGAAUCCUCUUGAAUUUGUCUACAGUAUUACUUACAUGUACUAUGCACUGAUUGGUAGUAUGACAACUGUCUUCGUUGGUAUAAUCGUCAGUCUACUGACAGCUAAUGCCAAGGAGGACGCUUACGAGGAGCAUCUUCUUCAUCCACUAGCUUUAAAACUAUCAAAGUGUUUGCCAGGUACACCGAGACUCUACGCAGAGUCGAGAAAACUUGGUGAUGAACAUGACGGGACAAAUCCCGCCUUUGCAGCGUCAAUGACGUCAGUGGAGAAUGGUGAUAAAAUUAGUCCACCACGUGAUCCUGAAAUUAAUGGCAAGGUACCGCAGGGUAGAUACGAGUACAUGAGAAAACUUAAUGCACUUAAGGAUGCAUCUCUGGAAGUUACUCACGAGAUUGAUAAAGGUACAAGACUCUGAGUAAUUUAACGGGGAGAGGGAUUAAUAGGACGAUUUCAAUGACUUGAGACUAUGUGCAGUGAUAAUACUUGAGAGUUUAUAAUGUUAUGGUUAAUUAAUUAGAAGAGAAGGCUUUUGAGGACUAGAUGUUUGUACAUAGUAGGAUAAAUUGUUGACUUAUUCAACGUGAAUGAGCUUUACUCGUAGGUAAAAUGUAAAUUAUGUAUAUUUUUUUAUAAUUAACGGAGUCAAUCCAGUUGGAUGAUAACUUCAUAAUGCAAAAUGUCAACAAGUCGGGAAUUGAAAAUGCCGGGCUUAAUUCGCGAACAGCUCAUUUCGAGAGCAUUCGUCAUUGUAUUGUACAGUUAAUGAGAAGACAAUAGGAUUAUUAUAAUAAUUCCAGUGCUGCAAAGUUUCUGGAUGAAUUUGCGUGAUUGCGAGGGAACGAGUGAGAGUGUUUAUUCACUGUUAUCUGUUGAAUUGUUGAGUUUUUAGAGGUAUUAAUUGCACUUUAUUGAAUAACAAUGAUUUAAGGAUUAAUCAAUAAUUUAAAAAUGUUCAGUUAUUAUGUAGGCAACGUUGUAUUUACGCUGCGAUUGAGUCAAUCCAUUCGUAUCGAAUUUAUCAUAUAGUGGUAUAUAUUUAUUUGUAUUGAGAUUCAAGCCACUGAUAUUUGUUUGAUAUGUGUUGUACGUUAAUUAGUUUAGCGGGAGAUGAUUAUCCGUGUAAAAAAGUGCGUGAAUUUUAUUAUUAUAUGUACGUUCGAGUUAUGGUGACUUUCUGCAUUAGUUUAAUCCCAAUUUUUUCGGUAUUUUUGAAUUAUCCGUUUUUUAAUGAUCAAAUGCUCUUUGUGUGAGGAAAGAGCGUAACAUGGUACUGCGUAGGAAUUAACACUGGGGACAAAUGCAACGGAUGUUAAUACUGAUAAUGCAUCCGACUGGUGGAUGGAUGAGUGCAUGAGAGGAGAUAUAUUGCGUGACUGAACAUUUCUGGGCUAUGCAUCAACAGCGAUGAGAAAGUGUCAAAAACGUUUUUGUCCACUUUGUGCAAAUUAUUGCACUCGACGCACAAUAUACAAUACGUACGCCCACGCGGGCGUGAACGUACAUCCAAUUAA